CCCCGCGGCCGCCCCGGGAGCGGGACAGGAACUGCAGGGCAGAGACGAGAGCAGAGAAAGUUGGGAAUGAGAUUUUUUCUCCUCGGCACAGAUCGGAGUCCCAAGGAUUUGAGUUCUUCCCCCGGAACAGCGAACCCCGGGCUCUGGAGACGUCUCGGGGAAUUCUCCUCCGGUCUCGGUAAAUUCCUCCGAGUUAAAUGAAGAUAUCGAGGGGUGAAGUAAGAAAACGCCGCUUGGAGGGUCCGGAAGGAUAUUUUACCGUCACUGAACAAACAGACUUUUUGAACCUGCAUGGAAAAUGUCCUUUUUAAUACCAAAAGUCGCGAAGGAAAACUUAUGAUUGAAAUCUUACAGGAAUUGGAUUUCAGCUGUACUUUUAACCUUAAAUAGACCAUGGAGAGUUUGUUAUCUCUACUCUGGUGCCAUUAUUCUUUGCUGAUUUUAUUUCAUCAAAAACAUCAGGUGUAUGGAAACUAUUCCCAGCUACCCAAACACCCAGGGUUCAAAGUCCUGGCAUCAGCUUCCCAUUACUGGCCACUGGAAGAUGUGGAUGGAAUUCACGAGUUUCGGGACACAAAUGGAGCUCUAAGAAUCCACAACUUCACUGUGCUUCCUCCCCAUAACUCUACCUUUGUAAAUACCAAUGACUCUGCCUACUCUAACUUCUCUGCAACCGUAGAUAUUGUAGAAGGGAUGGUGAACAAAGGAAUUUACGUCACUGAGAAGAAAGGAGUCACCUUCCUCUUCUUUGGAAGCUAUAGAAAUUCUUGCAUUAGUAAUCCAGAGGCUUGUGGGCCUGAAGGAGUAACAUUUUCCUUUUUCUGGAAGACUCAAGACCAGCAGGCCAAGCUUCUCCCUGCCUCUGGUGGACGAGUGAUUUCCAGUGGUUUCAAAAUCUGCUCAAACGAAGGCGAAGGCUCUGUGGAAUUUUACACCCGUGGCAAUGCAAUGAUGAAGUGGAAAGCAAGCUUUAGUCCACCAGGUCCCCACUGGACUCACAUUCUCUUCACCUGGCAGUCGAGGGAAGGGCUCAAGGUCUACGUCAACGGGACUCUGAGCAGCUCCGACCCGCAGGGGAAGGUUUUCUACGACUACGGCGACGCGGAGCUGCUGGCGGGGCCGGGCGGGGAGCCAGCCCAGCGCUCCGUGCACGGGGCCUUCGAUGAGUUCAUCAUCUGGGAGCGAGCCCUGACGCCCCACGAGGUCCUGCAGUACUUCACAGCCGCCGUGGGUGUGCAAGUCCUGCUUUCUUCAACACUUCCAUGGUCUCUGAUGACAAGCACUACAAACCCUGUGGUAGCCACCCACGCCUACCAGCCCAUCCUGAGGGCUCUGGGCCAGGACAGAGGCAGGUCCCGGACGCCCAGCUCGGAGCUGAGGCUGCUGCAGAACGUGUCCCUCAGCCUGCCCCACACAUCCGUGUCCCAGCACACUGCCCACAGCCUGGCCCAGGCAUUUUUAAAAGCUAUUGAAGACUUUAUGUUGCUGUCCAACUGGAUGGAUGAACCAGAGGGCCCCGUGGUGUUCAGCAGCCUCAUCCUCACCAUCGACACGGUGAUGUCUCACCUGUCCAACAACCUGCCCGGGGACUCGCUGCCUCUGACCCUCGAGGGCUCCUCGGCCGUGGCAGAUUACGCCGUGGUCAAAAUGCACCCUCAGACCCUGAAUGUGUCCCACUACCGAUUUCCAUCUCGAGGGCAGACUUACAUUUCCAUCCCCAGUGAAGCUUUCCAUGGAAAAGCCUGCAUCACCAUCGUGGGCCUGCUUUACCACAACAUGCAUUAUUUCUUCCAUAGCAUCAACCCUGUGCACACCAGGAUUGCUGAAGCUGCUGCCUACAAGGGUUCCAUGAUCUCAGCCAGCAGUUAUCUCAUCUCUCUCAAGGUGGAACCUCUGCCCCAGCUGUCCCACAACCUGUCGGGGUCUCCUGUCAUCACCAUCCAGCUCGCCCACAAACUGACACCCAGACAAUACAGCCAAGCACUGAAUGAAAGUAACAGAGUUCAUCUUUACUGUGCAUUUCUGGAUUACAGCAAUGGAACUGGUGUUUGGUCCAGUGAGGGCUGUGUCCGUCAGAGUGGGGACCUCAACUACUCCGUGUGCCUCUGCAACCACCUCACCAACUUCGCCAUCCUGAUGCAAGUGGUGCCUCUGAAGCUGACGAGAGAACACCAGGUGGCCCUGUCCUCCAUCACUUACAUCGGCUGUGCUCUGUCCAUCUUCUGCCUGACGAUCACCCUGGUCACAUUCGCUGUGCUGUCGUCUGUCAGCACCAUCCGCACCCAGCGCUACCACAUCCACGCCAACCUGUCGUGCUCCGUGCUGCUGGCCCAGCUCCUGCUGCUCACCAGCUUCCAGCUCAGCCCCGCCACGCUGCCUUGCAAGAUAUUGGCCAUUCUCCUUCAUUUCUUCUUCCUGAGUGCAUUUGCGUGGAUGCUGGUGGAAGGAUUUCAUCUUUACAGCAUGGUGAUCAAAGUAUUUGGGUCAGAAGAAAGCAAGCACUUAUAUUAUUAUGGAAUUGGAUGGGGCUGCCCACUGCUGAUCUGUGUCAUUUCUGCAAUGUCAUCCCUGGACAGCUAUGGAGAAAGUGGCAACUGCUGGCUCUCUCUGGAGAACGGAGCAAUCUGGGCUUUUGUGGCACCAGCGAUGUUUGUAAUUCUGGUCAAUAUUGGCAUUCUCAUUGCUGUCACAAGAGUCAUCUCCAGAAUCAGUGCAGACAACUACAAGGUCCAUGGAGAUGCUAAUGCCUUCAAAUUAACAGCUAAAGCCGUGGCUGUUCUCUUACCAAUCCUGGGGAGCUCGUGGAUCUUUGGCAUUUUGGCUGUCAAUGCCCACGCUUUAGUAUUUCAGUAUAUAUUUGCUGUUUUUAAUUCACUACAAGGAUUUUUCAUGUUCCUGUUUCACUGCCUUCUGAACUCAGAGGUCCGAGCUGCCUUUAAGCACAAAACCAAGGUCUGGUCCCUCACCAGCAGCUCAGCACGCAACAUCAACGUGAAGCCCUUCAAUUCAGACAUUAUGACUGGGAACAGGCCAGGCACAGCUCCCACCAAGCUGAACACCUGGGAUAAAAGCAGCGACUCAGCGAACCGCAUUGAUUUAUCAGCGGUCUGACAGGAGCAGAGCUCCUCAGAGAAAAUCAAGCCAUACAUUCAGGACCUCUGACACUGUGUCCACCAGCUUUUUCUCACUGCUCGUGCCAGUAGAAAACUGGGGUUUUUAAAACACUGCUUGAUGAAUUGGGAAUUGCCAUAUUGUUUUGUUGACUAAACUGCCCUCCUUGCUUGCCUUCGAAACUGUAACACAUUCUAGCACUUGGCUCUUAGCAAUAUCUGUAAAAAACCAGCUCAAAUAUACACUGGAUGGUUUUGUCAGCAAUGAUGAAAACACUUGGUAUGCAAGAAGGGCUUAUUGCUCUCUGAAUCAUUCCAGCUCCCAGGACUGAGGGAAAGCAACAUACCUCUGAAAAGAUGGACUUUUAUGCUCACAAAUGAAAUGCUUCCCAUUGUGAUGUUGUAACGAGACUAUUCCAGACUUGCUGUGCUCUCUCUGUUUACAUUUAUUACCUUACAGAAUGCAAUUAUCAAAGUGAAGUUGAUUCAAAAUACGUAGUAUGGUGUUUAAUCUGAAUGCUACAAGGAAGGCAGGACUCGAGGGAGAGGCAGCUUCCAGCUACUCCACUCCCAAGGUGGGUGUGGACUGGCAGAGCUGAUAAACACAUAAACAGCAGCUGUACCGUGUAAAUCUCCUGGAUGUGGGCUGCUGGUAUUUUAGAUCUUCCUGUUGCCACCAUCAGAGGCAGAAGUGGCUGUGGCUGUCCCUCAGCAGCCCCCAGCACCUCUCACUGCUCCGUGUGUGCUGUCAUUCCCACACAGAGCAUUCCCUGCUUUUCCUGCAGCCUGGGGAUGCAGUCAGCCACUCUCCAGAGAGCACAUCUUGCAAACUCACCCUGGCUUUUACAGAUCCAGAGCUGGUGCUGUGCCUGACCUUCCUCCUGUUUCUGCUCGUUCGAGGCACUGAACUCCUGCCACAGAGAUGUAACACGCUGAUACACUGUGAAGACAGCCAGCCUGCAAAUAAUCCGUGUAUUGUUUCCUGCAGACAGCUUUUAAACAGGUCUCUGCAGUCUCUUUUGUGGUUUUAAACCCUGCUCAGCAUUUAGGGUUUAAAUUUAAAUUUAAAGCUUCUGCUUUAGUACUGCUAGGAAGUAUCUUUAAAGAGGAAAAAAACCACUGUGAUUUUUCCUCUGCCCAGUGUUUUUUGCAGGUUCUCAGAGUGGUGUUUGGAGCACGAGGCAGGGCACCUCAGCUGUGCCAAACAUGACCUGGACAAAGCAGAGUUGAACUCCUGGCAGUGGUCAGAGCUCUCAGGACCUUGCUCCAGGAUUUUUGUAGCCACAGCUCCUGGUCCCCAGCUCUCCCUCGUUUGAUCAGGGAUCACCAGGCUGCUCCCCCUGGGAUCAAACACUCUUUAUCAAACACUGCAACAGGCACAAAAUGUGCAAAUCCUCAACCUCAUGUUUGCUAAGCUCUUCAGUGCUGGGGUUUUUAACAUUAAUUAAAUGUUUGUAUCUUCAGCAGCUCAGACAAUUCCUGGUGAAUGUGCUAUUGGUUUCCAAGAGAAAAGGUAUUUAUACUCUAAUGUGCAGAGUGGAAAUUUUCUAUUGGACAGUAAAUUUAUCAAAAAGAAAAAUGAAAGUAAAUUGAUCUUUAGGGAAGAGGAAAUACCCAUCAAUUUUGACUGAAUUUAGUGAAUUUAAUCCCAAAGACAUGGAAUUGAAAGCUUAGAAAAACUCAAUGCAUUUAAUUUCUAUUUGAUCCAAACCAAGUUUUGUCCAUGUUUCCUUCCUGCACUAAUAAUAAUGAUCUGUUUCAGCUUGGCCCAAUUUUUCCUGCCUUCUCCCCUUCCUAGCCAGGACCUGUUGGUGUGAUCCCCAAACUGGAAGCCCAGUCCACCCAGGCUUGUUGAGCUUACAGCUCAAAACAUUCUAGAGAAAUGAUUUCAGUUCACCAGGUCUGUGCUGGAUUUCUGCAGCUGGAACAGAGCAGGACUGCACAUCACACAGGCAUGAAAUCCAUAGGCUUUAACCUCGUGAUUCCUCAUGCUAAAGAACUCCAAUCAAUGACAGCUAACUCCAAACAGAGGGUCAGAAAAAGCUAAAUAUGUAGAUGGCUGUGUCUUUAUUUUGGCUUUCGUGUCUGGUUUUCUCCUGGCCUUUUCUGCACUGCUCUGCCUUACAGCUGUGCAAAUAGAUGGGCUUUUCUUGGCCUGGAAAUGUUUUUUUCCCCCCAGAAGACCCUGUAGACAGAGCCCUUGGAAUGUACAGAGGAGAUGGAAUAGAAGAGUGCUGUGGUAACAGUGCUCACAGUUUGUAUUGUGUGCAGACAAUCUAUUUAAUCAUAUUUUUUAUACUGGAGCAUAUGAGUUCUUUUAGUUUUGGUUUGUUUCUUUGGUUUGCUUUUGGUUUUUUUACACUGUGACCACAAAUAUAGAUUGAAACCUUCCUCGAUCAUUUAUCUUCUAAUCAUUGUAUUAUAGCACAAAGUUCUGUGAAUGAACCAGACAACAUAUAAAAGCUUUUUUUUUUUUUAAAUCUUAAUUUUUGAUUGUGCUCCCUCUGCACAAUUUUCAUUACUUGCAUUUCCUCCUGUCUGUGUUGGUCAUUUUGUGACUGCCCAAGGUCUAUUUGGAUAAAACCCAAGAUGUACCAGUGAUGGGAUGGAAUGCACUGGUACAAAGGGCUGAGGCAGGUUUCCAUCCACGUGUGCUCUGUUUCCAAAUUGUUCACCAAAAAUAAGACAAGCAUGAGAAUGUGUUUGGUUUUACACUUUUGGAUGACGUGGAAGUGUUUUGUGUGAGGAGCAUUGAUCCUCCUGUGUCUCCUGAGAUCCUCUGUGGAUGCAGGAUCCCCCCUCAUCCCUGGCUGUACCUGGAGGACGUGGCUGGGCACGGAGCAGUUUUAUCUUGUUCAUGGCCCAGGAGGUUGGGAGCACUGAAUUUAUCUCACUGCACUGGGGAUGGGGCUGCUGAAAAUCCCUCAAAGUACAAAUGUGUUCUGUUGCCAUCGAUUCCCAUUCUGUUUGUUUGAUUCAAAGUGUUCUUCUUGGUACUGAAUGCAGCAAAUGUACUGAAUAAGAAAUGCUCAAAUGAAUCUUUAAACAAUCUCUUCCUGUUCUCAGUCUCUUGAAGCUUGAAAAUCUUGCAGUUUAUUUAUGGGCAUGUAUAUAGCAGCUAUUACAAUAUUUUUUUGGACAGCAUCAUUUUGUCAACAGUAUGAAAUCUUAAUUGAAUGAAAUGUGACUUUUAAAAAUAGGUGAUGUAGCAAGGAUGACUUUGCCAGUAAGUAGUAAAAUAAUUUAGUUUCAUUGUUUUUCCCCCUCAAAUAAAUAAGAAAUCUUAAUUUCCUAAGAA